CUCUUUUUCUACCCACUUCACGCGCGUCUGACGACUUCCUUUUUUGCUCUCCCUUGAAACCGCAGUCAUCGACAAGCCCAGACGACACGUCGCGCUCACUGAGCUUGUCGCUCACACCAUUCCUCACCUCCGCGACCUCUUUGACGCUUACUUAAGUAUAAUUCUCAGCUGUUGCGACGUUUGUGACGACAAUCGAUUUCCCAUUCCCGUCGCGCGCGGUUUGUCGGCCUCCGAUCCCGACAGCAGCGCUCCCAACUGUUUCCCACACCCUGUUCGCCCCGUUUGCAACCCGCCCGGCGUAGACAGCCUGUCGAUCCGUCCUGUUCCAAUCCCUGCGUUCCCCUCGACUCACAACAGCUCGUUGCGUGGUUUGUGUCUGGGCCAGCUGGGCGCUUCUUGGACCUCGGUUAGACGGUGGAGCGGCGCGCUCAUCGUUCGGGGCCUCUUUUUGCCUGCUCUCUCGCCAGACGGACACUGUUCCAGUGUUGGGAUAACCUGUACCGAGGGAGGGCAGAGGAGGGGGCGAGAUAAGAAAAAAACAAGAAUCACUCGCGCAAGAAAAGAGGGCUGCAAAGAAAUAAGAGAGAUUGCGCGAACCGUGGGAAAGGGGAGUGAAAGGGAAGGGCUUUUAGCAGUUGGACAUUGAUAGAACAUCCUGCCGCUGCGCUGCUGCUUCUGCCGCUGCACUUUUCCUUCGCUUUUGUCUGGCGCGUCAAGUUGCAAACGCCCAUCCGCGCAGAACCAGCCUCUGAUUUGCCGGCUGAUUCACUAUCAUAAUCUUACCCCACGCCCACAUUCUUGAUCAUUUUUGAGACCGACCAAGGGAGAGGAAUAACGGCAACCAACAUCGUCACAUCACGUCGCCGCUCAGGAGUCUGCCUGCCCAGGCAGCUCCUCUUCCCCGCGUGCUACGACAACAAAGCGCAGCCACAGCGGUCUUCUUUUUCUCUCUAGUCCCUUUCUUGUCUCGUCACGACCAUGUCAGAGGAGGAUCAUGCGGCGGCGGUGGCCGAGGACUACCGCGAUGCGCUGGAUGGACUGACCAUGAACUCGAGGGUUGAGAUCAGCAACCUGACUCUGAUAGCGCGCGAAAACACAGAGGCGGCACACGCCAUUGCCGAGGUUCUGAUAGACCACAUUAAACAAGUGGUCGCCCCGAGAAAAUUGCCGGCCCUCUAUCUCCUGGACUCGAUCGUGAAAAACGUCGGAACGCCCUACACACUCUUCUUCGGCCGGAAGCUCUACCAGACCUUCAUGGAGGCCUACGCCUCGGUCGACAAUGGUACGCGGCGCAAGAUGGACGAGAUGCUCAAGACGUGGAAGGAGCCCGUACCCGGCUCGCUGGACACCAGACCCGUGUUCCCGCCCGACACGGUCCGCCCGAUCGAGAACGCGCUCAUAAAGGCGAGGACAUCGGCCCUGCAGGCCCAGCAGGAGCAGAUGCGCAGCCAGCAGCAACUCCUCACCGGCGGCCGCGGCAGACCACCGCCCAACGGCCCAUACCGCGAGACCCCGACGCCCCCUGGCGGGCCUCGGAACCCUUACGGCCACGCGUUUGCUCCUCCUCCUAGCGGACCCAACGGCAGGCCGUCAGAACCCCCAUUGAUGCAGGGGUUUCCCGCGCAUCACAACCCUCAGGGAAUGCCGAUACUGUCCCACCAGCCACCGCCGUCCGCACCGGCAGCGCUUCCAUAUGGGCCGCCGGCGCAUGACGGUGUAAGCAUAGAUGCCUUGAACAAUGAUAUCACGCAGCUGGUGUCGGCAACAAGGAUGGAUAUUGCGAGGAACCCGUAUGACGCUGUGUUGCAGACAAAACUCAAGGCGCUGUUGGACCUGCAAGUGAUACUGCAGCAGGGGAGCCUGCCGAGGGAUCAGCUAGUGCUUGUCAAGAAUCAGGUUGAUGAACUGUCCGUAAAGAACAGGGCCGGCUCUCAUGCGGCCCACGCGCCCCAGCAGCAGCAGUACCCUCCAGCGGCAGCACCAGACUAUGCCCGCUACAGCACCCACACGCCCCCGGUCGCCGCCCCAGUAGCACCCCCGGCAUCGGCGCCCCCGGCCGUGCCGCUCUCGUUGGACGCGCUGCUAGGCAAGGGAGCGCUGGCCGCGCUGUUGGCCGCCGGCCGCCAGACGGCAACGCCGCAGCAGGGAGGAGCAGCAGCAGCAGCGCCGCCACCACCACCACCGCCGCAGCCUGGGGUCACGCCCGCGCUCCCGGCCGGCCUGGCUGCUAUUCUCCGACCGCCACCACCGGCUGUGGCACCAGCGGGUGCACCGGCACCUCCCGCCGCGGCAGACCCCAUGGCGCUGAUGGCCAUGCUGCGCUCCUCGGGCCUGCUCCCGCCUACUCCGGUGCCGGCUGGACCCGUGGGUGUUGCUGCCGUUCCAGUGAUUGCGCCGACUCCGGUCUCUCUCGGCAUGACCCUGCCCGGCGUCAUUUCGACGACGGGGCCUGUGUUCAACGAGGCCCUCGGAGACAUUUCUCUGAACAGUCAGUCAUUGAAGCGCCCACGCCUCUACCUCAUCGCAACUCUGCACGAGGACCUCGGCAAGCCAUGCACGCAGUGCGGGCGCCGGUUCAGGAACGACGCCAAGGGCAAGGCCAUGAAGACGGCGCACAUGGACUGGCACUUCCGGGUGCACCAGCGGCUCGCCGAGGCCGAGAAGAAGGGCCACCACCGCAGCUUCUACGUCGACGAGAAGGAUUGGAUCUCGUCGCGCGAGACCAUGGACACGGACCACACCGACGCCGGCGGCGCCAACGGGCUCCAGGGUGGUGGUGGUGGGGCCGUUGCCGACGAGGCGGCCGACGGCGCGGGAGGCGAUGCCGGAGGCAACAACAACAAGAAGAAGGCUGGCGGCGGCGGUGGUGGCGGCGCGCGCUGGAUCCGGGUGCCCGACGUCGGCACCACAAACACCGUCUGCCCCAUCUGCCAGGAGAAGUUCGUGAUGCAGUGGCUCGAGGAGGCCCAGGACUGGGUCUGGACCGACGCCGCGCGCGUCGGGCCCGACCGCGUGUUCCACGCCUCGUGCCACAGCGAGGUGACGGGCGGCGACGCCGGCGGCGGCGGCGGAGUCAUGGGCAGGCAUGCGCGCGGCACGCCAGAGCCCGUGCUGGGCAAGCGGAAGGCUGAGCAGGGUGACCACCGGAUGCGGAACAAGCUCAAGAUGGACCCCGGGCGUAUAAACUACGACGAGCUGCCGUACUGACGGCAAGGCUCGCUGGGCUGUACGGGGGCAGAGUGGGCUGGUGUGGCUUGUGGGUUGUUUGAGACGUUUUGUCGUCCUUACUCCUGUACACGACCCUGUCUGUCAUGCCCGCUGUUCCAAGCUGUAAGGAUGGCAAUCGACGUGUUUUGCUACAGCACAUACCGAACACCUUGCUAUUGGCGGCUGCAAGAGCAAGGGGAAGGAAAGGAGGGCGCUUGUUCUGUGGCGCAGCUAUACGACGCUGCUAGCCACGGGAGCUCGAGCUUGGGGGAGGGUAUGCUGCCUGCUCACCCGGUACCCAUGUUUGGGUAGCAUAGGGGGACAGGCAUGGAGAUGUGUCGGCGUGGAAGUGUUCCGUCCAAGACGACAUGACAUGGUGAGGUCCCAGAUCCGACGGGAGGGAAGGGUCUUCAUUGUACAAGGUAUAUGGGAGGGGAAACGGUGGCAUCGAUCUCGUUUCUUUUUUUUUCUGCAUCACAUAAACGGAUGGGAAAAAUCCGUACAGGCGGGAGAGGCGCUCUUUUUGCUGUUUCUAGCUGGUAAGCACGCUGGCUGGCCAGGGAUCGGCUGCGUGCUACCUUUUGAGUGUGUCUUGUGUCAAUAAAAGACUUUUUGAGGCCA